AAAUAAUUUUCUUCAACAUUUGUAACUUUAUUACAGUUAUCUACAUAAAAUGUCUAAACGAAAACUUUCUCUCGAGGAAAAACGUAUGAGAUUACUUUACAUAUUUUAUGAAAAAAGAGAGUUUUUUACCUUAAAAGAAUUAGAAAAAAUUGCACCUAAAGAAAAAGGCAUCGUUGCACAAUCAGUAAAAGAUGUACUUCAAACAUUAGUAGAUGAUGGAUUGGUGAGAUCAGAAAAAAUUGGUACUGCUGUAUAUUUUUGGACAUUUCCAGGAGAAAACAUUAAUGCAAUAGAACAAAGAAUAUCUGAGGCCUCUAAAAAAAUAGUAGAGGCAGAAUUUAAACUUCAGAAACUUAAAGAAGCUUGUGAAAAAGAAAAGGUAAUAAAAGAAUGGAAAGAAGAUACAGAGGAAAGGCAAACUUUGCUACGUGAAUUAGAAGAAUUGAAAGUUAAAGAGGAUCAGUUGAAAACACAAAUUACUAAAUUCAGCGAUGCUGAUCCAGAAGUUAUUGCUAAACUUGGAGAAAAAGCACAGAAAUAUAAAGAAGCUACAAAUACAUGGACAGAUAACAUUUUUGCUAUACAAAGUUGGUGCAAAAACAAAUUUGAUAUAUCCCAAGGAUGUCUUAAUAAACAUUUUAACAUUCCAGAUGAUUUAGAUUACAAAGAAUAA